AUGGAGGCUGAAAUCCUGAACAAAAUCUUAACGAUAAUUGGUUUAAUCCAUGUAAUAUCCUUGAUUGUGGGAACGGUAGGACAGUUGCCAGUAAAGAAAACCUGGUCGUAUGAACUAAAAUCACUUACUUCACAAACUUCGGAUACAGAAAAACUGAAAAUUGAUUUGCAAAUUGAAAGAGUUUCUCGUGGUGUCUAUGCCAUUUCCGGUACUGCACUUAUUAAUAUUGAUAUUGUCGAUGGUGAUUCAAAUACUGUUGCAGCUAAAUCUUAUCGCAGUGUCCAGGGUGAUACUGAAUACAAUGUCUUACCAUUCCAAAUGCCUCCUACCCAUAUUAAUAAGGUUCUUAACACCCACUACAAAAAUGUUUUAAUGGGGACAUUAAAAGACUGCUCAGAUUUACCGGUUUUCGAGGAUGAAUUUGAACCACCAUUGGAAAAGAAAUUAUAUACCUUAAAUGCCUGCCAGUUUUCUCAAGACGGUCUACCGAAUCAUUUACAAGAAGGUUUCUAUAAACUUGUAAUUAUUGGUACGGGAGAUGUUGAUUUUGAAAUUGAGGUAAUUGCUGAAGUUACACCCGAAAUCUAA